UAAACCUCAGAGAAGAAGAAGAGCCGAAGGAAGCGACUUACGAACCCAUCCUCCAGAUGGACAGCUGACUGCACAUCUUUUAUCAAGUUGAUUUGAGACAUUUCCAGCGAAAUAUGAUUAAAGCUAUUUUAAUAUUUAACAACCAUGGGAAACCACGACUCAUCAGAUUUUAUGAAUAUUUUGCCGAAGAUCUGCAGCAGCAGAUAAUUCGAGAGACUUUCCAUCUGGUGUCGAAGAGGGAUGACAACGUCUGCAACUUCUUGGAGGGGGGAAGUUUGAUCGGCGGCUCGGACUACAAGUUGAUCUACCGGCACUAUGCUACGCUGUACUUUGUGUUCUGUGUGGACUCCUCUGAGAGUGAGCUCGGUAUCCUGGAUCUAAUACAGGUGUUUGUGGAAACUCUGGACAAAUGCUUUGAGAACGUCUGCGAACUGGACCUCAUUUUCCACAUGGAUAAGGUCCACUUCAUCCUUCAGGAGGUGGUGAUGGGGGGGAUGGUGCUGGAGACCAACAUGAAUGAGAUCGUGGGCCAGGUAGAGCUGCAGAACCGCAUGGAGAAAUCAGAGGGGGGCUUCUCGGCGGCGCCGGCGCGGGCGGUCUCGGCGGUGAAGAACAUGAACCUCCCAGAAAUGCCUCGCAACAUAAACAUCGGAGACAUCAAUAUCAAAGUGCCCAGCCUCUCUCCCUUCUGACCAGGGAACGGAGCACGGUCUAGGCCCAAAUGGCACCCUGUUCCCUUUAUAGUGCACUACUUUUGACCAGAGCCCUAUGGGGGCUUCUGCACUUCUGGUCUAAAGUAGUGCACUACACUAUCUAUUAGUGCACUAUAAGAUGUGAGAAACACUAUGACUUAUACAGUAUGUCUUCCUAUGGGCCCUGGUCCAUAGAAGUAGUGCACUAUGUAGGGAAUAGGGUGCCAUUCUGGACUCCCAGCAGGCCUCAGCUGGCAGAGCAGCAAGGGAGGAGGAGGUUGACUGUAUGUUGGACAGGGUUGGUUGUCACUAUGCUGGGUUACUGAUGUUUGGACCCUGGGGCUCCUCUCUGUUCAAAAUGCUACAACUAAAUAAUAUACCUCUGCUUCUCUAUUGAUGAUAACACAACCAGCUCUGUCAGGACAUUACCUCUCCUUCCUUCCUGUCAGGACAUUACUCCUCCUUCCUUCCUGUCAGGACAU